AUGAAGUCCGAUCUACUCUUGAUCUCUUGCUUGGUUGCGCCUGUCGCAGCGGCAGGGUCGGUGUGCUCUAGUGGAAUCUACGGAUUGCUCGCGCCUCUCAGCGGAUAUGCUCCCGCUCAGUCUUAUUGUUCCAGCCACUAUCCACCGUCCACGGUGGUUACUACUGUGACACUGGUCAGUUCAGCUCCGGUUAAGGUCAAGAGAUACGCAAAGACCACGACGACAAAAACUACGACAGCAAAAUCGACCACAACCUCCACAAAGUCUCCUUCCACAACCUCUACAAAGCCAUCGACAACAUCCGUCGAUCCCAAAGCUGCACUCUUCUCAACCUUGUUAUCCGAAGCAGAAAACAAUAACACCGACGACGACGACGACGACGACGACGACGACGACAACAACAACAACUACAACAACUACAACAACUACAACUACAACUACAACGACAUUCAUGAUUCCAACGACUACCCCCGCGACAACGACCACAACUACAACAACGGUAAAGAUAAAUCCAGCGCCCUUUCUUAUGAGCAUCAAAGCUGA